GGCUGUUAAAGGGCCCCAACCCGGAAACUGAGGUGAAAAGGUCCGCGAAUUUUGUAGCCUAGCAAGUCGGUCGAGGCGGACUCGACGGCCGUUCAAGCUGGCAGUCCCUUCAGUUGGAAGAAUGGUCCGCGUCUUCGUCUAUGGGACACUAAAGAAAGGCCAGCCAAACUACCCACACAUGAUAAAUGGGGUCCAUGGGACAUCCCAAUUCCAGGGCAGAGGACUUACAGUGGAGAAAUACCCACUGGUGAUUGCAGGCAAAUAUAAUAUCCCUUAUUUGCUGAAUAAUCCAGGAAAGGGGCACCGUGUUACCGGAGAAAUAUAUUUUGUUGAUGAUCAGAUGUUGCAAUUCCUUGAUGAAUUUGAAGGAUGCCCAGACAUGUAUCAGCGUACUCCAGUGAGAGUUGAGGUACUCAACUGCGAAAAUAAAAAUAGCAAGUCUGAAGGAAUAUCAGCAAUUAAAAACAUUUUGGAAUGUUAUGUGUAUAGCACUACUACUUAUCAGCCAGAAUGGAUGCAUCUCCCUUACUAUGAUAACUAUGAUUCUUUUGGGAAACAUAAUCUUUCGUACGUCUUGCGAGAAAGCAGAGAAUAAAAGUGGAAAAUCAAACAAUAUUUUUAGCUAUGAACACCUACCCAGGUGCUGAAGAAAAUCUACCAUUUUAUGCUGAAAUGCACAGCUAAUUUAUCUCUUCAGAAUCUAAUUGAAUUAGGUUAUUAAGUGAACGUCAAGUGAACAAGAUGAUGAAAGAAUGAUCCGAAUGCCAGCACUUAUGAGAUGAAGCAUUGGUCUUGCUAAGGUUAAACAGGAUAAUUUAAAUAUUUCAAUUAUGUUAGAAUACUACCAAUAUUCAGGUAGUCCUAUCACUUCCCAAAAUGUGGAAUGAAUAAAUUGGGGGGAGGACAUGAAUGGAAAAGGAGGCAAAAGUGAUACUAUUAUGCCUUAUUUUUUCAUUCCAUUUCUGGUUAAUGGAUAUUUCUACUCAGCUACUGAUUUUAGUACAUAUAAAUUGCUUCCUAAUAUCUUCAGUUAUUUUAAACUGCAUUGCUUAUUUUUCUGGUUGAAAGUUCUGAACCAUCAGUAUUCUUGCAUUUUUGUCAUCAGUGCAUAAGCUUUUUAUGUCAGUGAUGUAUCUAUUUCUUUUUUGCCACUGAGUUCUUGCAAUACUGUAAUUUUCAUACAUCAUGUUGCUUUUCUUCAUAAUAUGAAUCCUCUUAAAAUUGUUGAUUGAUAAGGGCCGUGGAUAGCUCAGGCUGGUAAGAAGCCUGUUAUUAGAACACAGCAGCCUGCAGUUACUGCAGGUUCAAACCCGGUCCAAGGUUGACUCAGCCUUCCAUCCUUUAUAAGGUAGGUAAAAUGAGGACCCAGAUUGUUGGGGGGGCAAUAAGUUGACUUUGUAAAUAUACAAAUAGAAUGAGACUAUUGCCUUAUACACUGUAAGCCGCCCUGAGUCUUCGGAGAAGGGCGGGAUACAAAUGUAAAUUUAAAAAAAAAAGUAGUGAGUUAAAAUUCUUGUAUUACUACUGGUUUCAAACAAGAUAACUUGUUCAAAAUUGGCAGAAACCAUGGAUUUUGAUAUUUUAAAAAAUGACACUAUUCUAGAGUUAUAGGACCUGAAAUAUGUCAUUGCAGAUCCCUCGCAUCCUGGACAUAAACUGUUUCAACUCCUACCCUCAAAACGAUGCUAUAGAGCACUGCACACCAGAACAACAAGACACAAGAACAGUUUUUUCCCGAAGGCCAUCACUCUGCUAAACAAAUAAUUCCAUCAAGACUGUCAGACUAUUUACUGAAUCUGCACUACUAUUAAUCGUUUCAUAGUUCCCAUCACCAGUCUCUUUCCACUUAUGACUGUAUGACUAUAACUUGUUGCUGGCAAUCCUUAUGAUUUAUAUUGAUAUAUUGACCAUCAAUUGUGUUGUAAAUGUUGUACCUUGAUGAACGUAUCUUUUCUUUUAUGUACACUGAGAGCAUAUGCACCAAGACAAAUUCCUUGUGUGUCCAAUCACACUUGGCCAAUAAAAAUUCUAAUCUAUUCUAUGUCGUCUCUUCCAUUUGAAAUAAAUCUAGAUUUUCUUAAAUGUGGCAAUAUAUAAUAAGAAUGGAGGACAACAGUACAUUGCUGCUUCAUCUGCUGUAAGGGAAAGAGAGGCAAAGCCUGGGAGCAGAGUCAAAAGAGGAAUUAGCCUGAGUCUACAUACCCGUAAGCAGUCCAAGUCCAGCCUCUCUUGAAUUCCCUUAAUUCUUAUCUAUUGCCAAUUGUUAAUUGACUAGGUUCCUGUAUAUAUGCAUUAGCAAUAAAUCUGAUUAACAGCAACUUGAUUCUUUGUGCCUUACAUUU